CCAAACACAGAAACCCAGAAGAAGAAAACGGAGUGUUCGGAUUGGGACUCAGCUGCAAUGUUGGCUUGGGUUCUGUAGAGGUGUUCCAGUCUGUGCUGUCAAGGGGACAUACUGUAAGGCCACAAUGAAACGAAAUUAUGAGAAUGAGAACGACAAGCGAGGCCGUGUCGUUUCCAUGGAAACCUGGCGAAACGAUGAGAGUAACCAAACUGGAAAGAAGAAGAAACGAGAGGAUGGAGAUGAAGGGAGGAAAAGGCAUUUAACCGCAUUAAUUCUGGCCAGGGGUGGAAGUAAGGGGAUCCCGCUGAAAAACAUCAAAAUGCUAGCCGGGGCUCCCUUAAUUGGCUGGGUGCUGAGGGCUGCUAUUGACUCCAACAUGUUCGACAGCGUGUGGGUAUCAACAGACCAUGAUGAGAUCGAAAAAGUGGCAAAGUCCUGGGGAGCCAAGGUGCACCGAAGAAGUCCCGAGGUCUCCAGGGACACUUCUACUUCACUGGAAACCAUCCAAGAGUUUGUGCGCCUUAACCCGGAUGUGGAUGUGAUAUGUAAUAUCCAGGCUACAUCACCUUGUCUCCACCCAUUUCACUUGAAGAAGGCCUUGGAGAUGAUCACGCUGCAGGGCUACAGCUCGGUCUUCUCUGUGGUCCGGAGGCACCAGUUCCGCUGGAAGGAGUUCAAGGAGGGAUCUGGUGAGGUAACUCAGCCCGAGAAUCUGGACCCAAAGAAAAGGCCUCGAAGACAGGACUGGCGUGGAGAGCUGUGUGAGAAUGGCUCCUUUUAUGUUACCACCAAGGACCUCAUCAUGAAUGAGGGUUGUUUGCAGGGUGGUAAGAUCGGCUACUAUGAAAUGCAGCCCGAGUACAGUGUGGACAUAGACGUGGACAUCGACUGGCCCGUUGCAGAGCAGAGGGUCCUCAGGUAUGGCUACUUCGGUCAGGUCACGCCUGAGGUGGUGCGUCUGAUGUUCUGCAAGGUUUCAGGAUGUUUAACUGAAGGCAGAAUCUUUUUAUCCGCAUCCCAAGAAGAGAUGGUGUCCAUCACCACUAGAGACAUAGCAGGCCUUCGCAAGCUGAAGAAAGAGAAUGUGGAGGUCCUCCUGCUGACCUCAAGCAACUAUCCCGUUCCCAAGCCGCUAGCUGACAAACUGAGUCAGAGGACGGGAUGCCAGGUGAUACAGGUGGGAGAGGAGCCGCUGAAGGAUCUGCAGCCAAUUGUGGAGCAGAAGAAGCUGGACUGGAAGGACGUGGCUUUCAUGGGCAACGAUACCGAAGACACCAGCUGUCUGAACCUGGCAGGUUUGAGUGCUGUGCCCGGAGAUGCUCCUGCGGAUGCCAUUAAGGCCUCAAAGUACACCUGCCACCAGGCGGGGGGCAUGGGAGCUGUCUGGGAGUUCAGCGAACACAUCCUCCUGCAGAAGAAAAAGGCUCAGUCUCAGAUGGAGCAGGACCGCAUCGAUCGCAUCAACUUCUGAUUUGAAACAGAGUGCCAAUGGAAUGUUAUGUCAGGGCGUAAAGGUUGAAGGUGCAAAGACAGUCAAAAGAUGAGCUGAUUUAUACCAGCUGUCAAUGAAAUGACGGUGUGAUUCUUUCAAUGUUUUGAAUAAGAUAACUUUUUAUUCAGACUCUCAUAGGGGUUGUUUGGAUUUGGGAAGAAGUAAUGGUUGAGGGGGAAAAAAGUUCUGUUGCCCAAAGUAGAUGUUCAUAUAGCAUCUCCCUGUCACAGGUUGGUAGAGUGUAAAUGAUAGAUACAUAUUUUUCAGUUUUUCUACCUAAAAAUCUGCUGUGAAAGAACUGCAAGAUGCUUUAGACGUCAGCUGUGGUGCGACUGUUCUUGUUUGGAGAUGGAUUUUUAAAUCAUUGCUACCUGGAAAUUCUUCUCUCUGUCUGGAUAACCUUCUCCUGCUUUUGGGUUUUAUGUAGGACUCCUGAUUUAAUGUGACUUAUCAGGACUCAUUUUUUUGAUCAAAUUGGCAGCUCAACUUCUACUCGCUUGGCUUUUCGCUGCAACGUAAAUUUGACCAAUGUACCCAAAAAUCUGCACAGAAGUCUAAACACGCAUCAGAAUUUAGGAUUUAUAGAAUAGGAACAAAUAUGUAUUCACAUCAAGCUGGUCCUGCUGGUUUCAUGCUUUUCCGUAUGUACUUUAUUUCACAUGUUUGGGGGUCACUACACAUUCGUUUUGAUUUUUGUGAUGCAUUUGUGUUAAAGUAUCAAAUGUAAUUUUCUGUUUGAAUAGUUGUUUUUGUUUGUUUUUUUUACUUUAAAGAUGUGCAUAGUUUAUUAAAUGUAUUUUUUUAUUUAAAAUGCCCCUAACACAGAAUAUCUUCAAACUGUACUUUGGAUUAACAUUAACUACCAGAAUGGGAAAAAAACAUUUCCGAAUGUAAGCUGGAAACUGCACUUUUAAAGUCAUAAUUAUUACUCAUACGGAAACCUGAUAUUGGAGUGGAAAGCCUUUUAAAUAAUACUAAAGUGUGUACGAGAUAUACAGAGAAAAAAUGUCAGUCACAUCGGUUUUCAGAGGAUAGAUAUGCAGAGUUGAAGCAUUUAUGUCAGUCAGUCACGUCUGUUUGGGUCAUGAACACACAUACAGCUAUCUGUGGCGUAUGCAGUUCUGUGUGGAUGACUUUGAUGGACCUAAUCUCACUUUGGAUUUUUUUUUCUUUUCUUUUAUUCAACAUUCAAACAUCCCUUGGGAAAGGAAAUUGUCUCUUGCUACAUCUGGGACUGAUGAUUUGGGGUUUUUUUUGCCUUUGGUUCCAUUCUCAUCAACCAACCACACAAUAAAUUACACUCUUGAUCAAAGUCUGAGGAAGUUCUUUCCUAGAAUGCCUCUGUGUGCCUUUGCCCAAGUGACUGCCACCCAGUACAUUUAUUCUUAGGAGAAUUACACAGUUCUUUGAUGACGUUUGUCUUAGGAGCAUAGUUAUGAAAAUGUGGUACAGCAGCCAUUACUGCAAACCUGUCCAGCUCUUAGAGCAGACAGCGGAUCUCAUAGAUCCCAAUCUAAACUUUGGUGGAGCAACAUGACAGGGAAAGGGCUCUCAUGUGAACUGGACAUUUCAGAUUUCGACAUACACAAAGUUAUAAAUACUGUUAUGCGUUUCGGGCAAGAGAGUAUCCUAAAUUUUAAACUGAAAUUUAAGAACAAAAAGGGUAAAUGCGCUUUAAUCACCAGGUGUUACACCAAAUUUGUGUUGUGUGUCUAUAAUUCAGUCAGAAUGCGCUCAUAGUGGCAUCUCAUAUAAUUGAUGCAACCACAAAAACGAUUUCAGCACUUUUGCAGAUUAUGGUCAGAUUUGUAUCAUUGAGAUACCUCGUAUGGUUAUAAUUUAAAGGGCAAUCAUCUAAUAACUGCCAUUCAGGCUAGUAUAAUCCCAUUUUUCAAGAAAACCUUUCUUACCCAGCAAAGAAACAGGCAUUUUAGACCAACUUUUAACAUCACAAAUUUCUAUUUCAUGAACAUCACUGAAAUGCUCUGAGAAAUAGUAUGUAGCUGAAGGAAGAUACAAAUUGUGUGUGUAAAAAAACAAUUUAGUAGUGAAUAUGCAUCACUCCACAGGAAAUACAAAUGGGAAUAAAAAUGUAGAUACAGGAACGUAUUUUUCUCUCCACAAUGUGGAGAGAAUGUGUGUCUACCUUGUAAUCGUAUAUGUUCAUUUUAUUAUAAAUAUUCAUACAUUUCACAUCUAUUGCAUGAAGCAGUGCA